AUGGAUCCAUUAGAAGAGAUACGUUGGAACGUAUAUGAAAGUUUUUCUAAAGUUGCUCGCUUUUCUCGAGAAACUGCGGCAACUAUUCUAGAACAUCCACUUGCGCGUCCUAUCCUUCCACACCUUCCACCUGCAAUAAAUAAUCUUAUACAGGUAGAGCCUACUCGUUCUGUGGUGUGUGAAUACGACGCAGGAAGAGUUUAUCUAGCCAAAUGGGCAGCGAGUGUUGCUGAGCAAGCAGAGGAGGCGCACAGAAUGGAACAUCCUAACGAAAACGCUGAGGACGAAAGUUGGAAAAGGCGAUGGUCUGAUAGUGAACCUAAACCGUGGGAGGAGGAGACGGAAGUCGGAGCUUUUGAAGUUUUGGACAAUGAAACGAAAUUGCCCCCCUUGCACGCUAGACGCACUGAUCCUCUGAAUGCCGAAAGAUGGUUCUCAUUCUUUGAUGCAGAAGGGAGGCUUCGGGUCGAAAUAGAUGAAGUAAGAGAAGCGGUAUUUCGUGGAGGAAUUGAAAAUGAUAUUCGCGUCGAAGUAUGGAAGUUUUUUUUGGGAGUGUAUCCAUGGAAUUCUAGCCAAGUUGAGAGAGAGAAUAUACUAGAUGCGAAAGCUAUGGAAUUUUUUGCUGUCGAAGACAUGCCACACCCAGAUCCACUAUCAUCUGCAUCAUCAAAUUUCACCAAUAAAAAUCUAGAAUCAAUGAAAGAUAUUUUAAUGACCUAUAAUUUUUAUAAUAAGGAUCUUGGAUACGUACAAGGAAUGAGCGAUUUGCUUGCUCCCUUGUUUGUCGUCAUGAAUGAUGAGGUGUUGGCGUUUUGGGCUUUUGUAGGAUUCAUGGACCGAAUGAAAUACAAUUUCUACCGUGAUCAAAGCGGUAUGCGACAUCAACUCCUGACACUCAACCAUUUAAUUCAAUUUAUGGACCCACGUUUAUAUAAUCAUCUUCAGAAGACCGAGGCACUAAAUCUCUUCUUCUGUUUUCGAUGGAUCUUGAUAUGGUUCAAGCGAGAAUUCAAGUGGGACGAAGUGUUGCAUUUAUGGGAGGUCCUGUGGUCAGAUUACUUUUGUAAACAAUUUCACUUGUUUGUUGCUUUGGCCAUCAUGGAUAAGCAUAGAAUGGUCAUAAUCGAAUAUCUACAUCAAUUUGAUGAAAUCCUCAAGUAUGUAAACGAUUUGUCAAUGACGAUACCCAUUGAUGAAACGCUAUUACGUGCUGAGACUCUCUUUCUUCAAUUCCAACGGAUGGUGGAGACGAUUGAUCGAAAAAGGGGAAUAGAAAUACAACCUACUAAUCAAAAUCCUGAUGGCUUGAGGAGGAGAAAAGGUAAAGAUUCAGAAUCAAAUGAUGUUAAUAAUGGUGAAGGUUCUUCCAAUCCAACACCCAAGCCUGCAGAUAAAUUACCAGUUAUAAACGAUAUGCUUAGAGAAUUAUUGGAGAGAUAG